GAAUACGGGUAGGGAAAAUAAUCUUACUAAUCUGAAGUUAAAACCGCGCUGCUUUCUACAGCAUUAUUAGAGUAGCUACAUAUCUUAGUACCUGAUUCGAAUGAUUUAAUUGUAAAUAAUAUUUUUUUUUUGUAUCCCGACUCGUUCAUUUCAAAGCUAGGAUUACUUAUAAUAUCUAGAAAUGGCAGAUGCUUUCAGUCUACAGGAUGUUUUGGACAGCUUCAAGUCGUCUCUUAGUGAUAAUAAGGAAGUCUUUAUAAAGUACUAUAUAUCAGGAUGGCGAGAGCUUGUGAGCUUUAUGAACAGCCUGGGUAGUGUCUUCUCCUUCAUCUCCAAGGAUGCAGUCAACAAAAUCCAAAUCCUGGAGAACCUUCUGAUGGGUGAGAACGGGACGCACUACCUCACCGUCCAGUCCAUGGUGAAGUACGAGUUGGACAACGAGCUGGUGGAUCUUGCCAAACGAAGCAGCCACCCGGAGUCAGGCUGCCGCACGUUACUACGUCUGCACCGUGCCUUGCGCUGGCUUCAGCUCUUCUUGGAAAGUCUGCGCACCAGCACUGAGGACAGUAAGACCUCUGUCAUGUGCUCAGAGGCCUAUAAUGCUUCGCUGUCACCUCACCACCCCUGGAUCAUCCGGAAGGCAGCCGGAAUGGCGUUUUGCGCUCUGCCAAGCCGCAAUGCAUUCUUUGAGGUGAUGAAUGCAGGCAGCGACCAGGAAGUGAUCACACUCUUGGGUGAAGCUUUACCACUGAUCUCAGAAGUCCAUCAGAUCACGGAGGACCUGUAUGCGAAAAACAACCUGCUCGACUUACCCUAGAUGGUUCUGCACUACUUGACAUAUUCCAUGGUUACUUGAUGUUUGCUGUGUGUUAUAUAUUACAUUAUGUAUAAUAUAUAAUAUAUGUAUAUAUUCAUGCUAUUCCAUUAACUUUCCAAAUACACUGGGAUAUGAGCAUAGUUAAUUAUUAUAAAAAUAAGAAAUUGUAAUGACAUUUAUUAUUGGUUAAAAGGGAUAUAUCAAUCAAUACUUGAAUUACUAUACUAUGAAAUAUAUUCAACAUAGUUAUAAUAUACAGUGUUGUACAUAUAAGAAAUGUUAACCAUAUGUAUCUUAAUGUACACAAUUUUUUGAUGAUUCAUGUACGUACUCUAGUGAUGUGAUUUAAGGCUCUUUUAAAAGGUCAACUGACACUUUCAAUUGUUAUUUUUCUGAACUGGACAAAAUUUGCACUGUUAUGAUCAGUGAUCAUCAUUCUUUGCUUGACCAUGGCCGAGUACCAUAUGGUAUUGUGCCUGUGCUUCAUUAUAAAGCUUUAUUUCUAUUUAUUCUGAUAAUGCAUUUGGCCUAAAACUACCUUCACACAGAUGUGACUCAUUUAUGCAAACAAUCAAAUCAAAUUGUGAAAAAAUAGAUUUCUUCAGUGGUUAUCGGAGAUCAAUCGAUGAAUAAAUGAAUGAAUUAAGAUGCAAAAA